UUUACGGUUAAGGUCCACUCGACAAUCUCCGGUUCUUGCUUAUCACUUCACAACUAGUUUGGUAAUAACAUUAACAUGAUAACCUCACAAGACCAUCCGGCUACCACCUGGCUGCAGUGGGCCAGAGAGCAGGGUUCCUUUUGGGAGAUCGUGUCCCGCCAGGGAAAUAUUAGUAUCCCAUUCGGCCCGCGAGUGAUACACAAACAGCAUGAUACGUCCACCGACAUGGAUAGUGAAGUUGUAUCAUUCGAAACGAUGGUCUCUUCAGUCCACCUAGGAAUACUAACCGGAAUCCUGGUGAUACUUUUUCUAAGCCACAAGCUUACCCGCAUGAAGGAGGAACUAUCCGGAUCAAAAACCUUCAACUGGAUUAAGUGUCUGAACUUUUCGGACGUACGAAGGUUUUUCUUCGUGUUGAUUAUGUUCCUGGAAUUCGUAAUUCUUUCUCCUUUGUUCUUUCUAAUAUAUUUCGGAUUCAAGUGCUAUCGAUCGAUAGUAGCAUUGAUUCUCAAACACCGUCACGGGGGACACUUCAAGGGCCUCCUUGACGGAGCCGACGUCGUGUGGGCCAUCGAACGGGACAAUUCUCGUGGCAUGAUUAAUAUCAUGGCUUACAUCGAGGAACCCGUCCAAAAACUGCACCCGAAGGAGCAUCCAACCAGCGCAGAACUGCUUCUCGUGUUGAGGAAGCGAAUUUCUGCCAGAUUGCUGCGAAGCUACCAACCGCAUCCGAAAAUGUUCUGGAAACGAAACCUAGAACUUGGAUACCAUUACUGGAGUGACCGGUCGGAAUUAACAGUCGAGGAUUACAUCCGUUAUCUAGAGUAUAUUCCACUGGAUGACAACGAGCAAUACAUCGGAAUCGAUAAAUUGCGCAGCUUGUUGAGUGAAAUCAAUAAUCGCCAUUUACCGGGGAAUCACAGUUCAUCAUGGGAAAUUCUCGUGGGCAGACAGCCCUUGCUGGAUAGUGAGAGAAAAGUUUUACGAUUUCCGAUAAUUUUCCGAGUUCACCAUUCCCUGGGCGAUGGAGUAGCCUUACUACGGUUGCUGCUGGAAACUAUUGUCGAUAAAGAGGUUCCGUCUAGAUGGAAACGCCUAUCAAGUUUUAAAGUGAUGAAUAUCGAGUAUAUUCUGAGCGAACAAACACGGCAAUCCGAACCUAAGCAGAGCAUAAUCAGGAAACUGCUUCUGAAAAUUCCAUCUCCGCCGGAGUUGUAUGCUUGGAAACGUAAAAACUUGCAACUGCUUUGGACGAUUUUCACUGCACCUGCAUUUUUUCAUGAAGUAUCCCAUCGUGCAGUGGAUGAUAACUGUAUUCAUGCUAGCGAAUUACUAAACCAGAAAGUUGUCAGCUGGAUUCACGAAGAGGAAAGUAGUGAUACGCAGUGGAUAGAAGUGAUAAAACGCACUAAACAACUCGUUCCUGGAGCUAGAUUUUCCGAUGCUUUCUUAACAGCGCUAUCCAGUAGCUUACAGAGUUAUUUUGAGAGAAGCAAAACCCAAAUGCCGAAUAAUAUUACCGUAGUGCUUCCCACUAGAAUAGAAAGAGAAUCCCCACAGCUGAAGUUACAUAACCGCUUCUCCGUUGCUCUCCAAACGUUACCAAUAACCUCAGGAAUCGACUUGGAUGACCCAAACCGUCUACAGAAUCUGCUCAGUCGUUUAACCCAAAUUAAGCAGCACUCAGAUAAUCUGCGAUCUUCACCGGACUAUCUGAUCAACUAUUGGAUAAUGUCUUCGGUAGCGUGUCUUUUUCCGGAUUCUGUCUUGCGGAAGAUCCUAACUAGCGCGCACAGCACAUUGGCCAUAUCGAACCUACCGGGACCGCAGCAGAAGCCGCGAAUCAACGGACACGAACUGAAGAACCUCAGCUUCUGGAUUCCGAAUAUCGGCCAAACCGCGGUAGGCCUAACGCUGCUAACCUACGGAGGCAAGCUGCAGCUGGGCAUAUUGGCCGAUCGGGCGGUAAUCCAAAGCGAGCAGGAAGCUCACACAAUUUUGCUAGAGACUGUCAACGAAAUCGAGCGAAUGGGGAAAGUUCUCGGAGAUAUAUGAGUGUCUGAGCUAAUUUAGUGAUGAUACAUUAAGUGCAAGCUUUUGCGUACCGUAAGUUGAUAUUGUAACAAAUAAUAACAAUAAGAAAACUAUCUCGAGCUCAUUUAACCAAAAAAUGGGGCUGAUCUGUUACGUAAUUCAAGCAUGUGGUAUCAAUAUGGGACUUCAAAAUUAACCAAAAUGCAAAAACACCCUCCCAGCUGGGCUCGAGGUACACGACGCAGGUCUAACAAGCCAGUCGUCGUAAGUUCGAAUCUCGGCUGGGAGAGGGUGUUAGAGUCAAUAGGAUCGUAGCACUAGCCCCGCAAUUGUCCUGUACUCUAACGAAGUCUGUCGAAUAAAAAAUGAUGGCCAAGUUUCGAAUGCGGAAUCUAUCACCUAGGCUUUGCAUUGGAAAAACACAAAUCGAAAAACUCAAAAACUCUUUAACUCAAAACUAUUAAUU